AUGACUCUCGAUGAUGAGCAAAACUAUAUAGUUAAUCUGAAGUUAAUGAAAAUUACCGGUUUCUAUCAAUUGAUUAAUCCUGGCACUCCGAAAUAUUUUGGAUUCAACGUUUAUAAAAUUGGUGCUGCAAUUGAGGUCAUGAGUGGUAUAAUAUCAAUCUUAUUACUAUGUUCAAGCUCAUAUUAUUACUUGGAUAAUACUAAUGAACUUAUGAGUCACUUCAUGUUAGUUGUGGCAAUUUUUUUUUCGACUUUUAAAAUAUCUUGGGUAUCAAGGAAUUCAGAAACGAUUUGGAAUAAUUUAGAUAUGACAUCCGUCGAUUUUUUAUCAUACACAGGACAUAAAAAAGAAACACUUCAAAUCGCUCGAGCUAAAUCAAUUUCAACAACAAUUCUUUUCGUCAUACUUUGGUCUUCUGUAACCGUUGCUUGGUCUAUAUCACCAUUUUUUGUCAGAGAUGUUUAUUUGAAUGUUAAAUUCAAUGAUGAAAUACGCCGAUUCCGUUAUAAUUCACUUAAUUACGUGUAUCCAAUUAAUGAAGAAUCCUACAAUAAACAUUUUUUAUAUUUUUAUGUCGUUGAAAUGCUCCAAGUCGUAUUUUGGGGUCAUGGUACAGUAGCAUAUGACACUUUUGUCAUUUCAAUAUGUAUUUCAAUUGCAUUUCAGCUAAAAACAAUAGCCGUUUCAUACACCAGCUUAAACGAUAUAAAACGUGAUGUAAAAAAUCUUACACAUAAUGAUUUAGAAGCCAUAUUUAAUCUAAAAUUAUUAAUUCAAGACCAACAAAAUAUGUUCAAAAAAAUAAAAGAAACAUAUAAAAUAUUUCAACCAGUGACAUUUGUUCAACUGGCUGCUCAGUCAAUGCUAAUUAUACUACAAGCGUAUAUGAUUUUUAUAAAUCAUUUUAAUGGUUUUUCUUUAUUAUCAGUUCCAAUAAUAAAACUGGUUGUAACCGUAGCACCAAACAUAAUACAUUUAUUCAUUACAUGUUAUUUAUAUCACAAUAUAAAUGAUCAAAAAGAAUCGAUGAACUUUGCAUUAUACAGUAGUGAUUGGACCGCAAUGAGUAUAAAAUAUAAAAAUAUGCUGUUGUUUAUUAUGCGAAUGAAUGAUGCGGAAAAACUGAAACUAAAAAUAUCGUUGAGAAAAAUCGUGAACUUAGAAAUGUUUGCAAGUGUAAUGCAUUUAACGUAUAGCAUAAUAUCGGUGUUGGCAAAAAGUUAUGGAAAUAUUAAAAGUAAAUAA